AGAGAAAAAUUCUGAACGAGAUAGACGCACGACAGACGGAGACCAAAUGCGAGCGGGUAAUCUACGCACGUAUACUACCUCAGCUGUGUGUUGACAUGACGCUGAUGACACAUGUGCUGAUUAAAAGCUUGACAUAUGGCGCACCUAUGAUUUCGGAGUUGAAAGGUUCUUGUCGAAGUGAUCGUGAAUUGUUAAAAGAAGAAUAAUGUCGACGGUUGAGCAAUUACAGCAGAGGAUUCAAGUUCUUGAAAAGGAGCUGGAAGAUGCGAAAGCUGAGAAAGAUGCACCGGCGAGACAAAAAAUCCAUCAGAUGUCUAGCGAAGUCGUCGAUACAAAUCCUUAUAGUCGUUUACUGGCACUCCAACGAAUGGGAAUAGUAAAAAAAUAUGAAAAGAUACGCAACAUGACAGUGGCUAUAGUUGGAGUUGGUGGAGUAGGAAGUGUCACAGCUGAGAUGCUCACAAGAUGUGGUAUUGGAAAAUUGGUGCUAUUUGAUUAUGAUAAAGUGGAAUUAGCUAACAUGAACAGAUUGUUCUUCCAACCGAAUCAAGUGGGACAGACUAAGGUCGAUGCAGCAGCACGAACACUAAGGUUUAUUAACCCAGAUGUUGAAAUAGAGACACACAACUACAACAUCACUACAGUGGAUAAUUUUGUUAAAUUCAUGAACUCAAUUAAAACCUCAAGUCUUAAAAGAGGACCCGUGGAUUUAGUAUUAAGUUGCGUCGAUAAUUUUGAAGCUCGAAUGACGAUAAAUACAGCUUGCAACGAACUGAAUCAGAAGUGGUUUGAAAGCGGAGUAUCGGAAAAUGCCGUCUCCGGACACAUACAAUUCAUCGUCCCGGGGGAAACUGCUUGCUUUGCGUGCGCGCCGCCUUUGGUUGUCGCAUCGAACAUCGACGAGAAAACAUUGAAACGCGACGGAGUUUGUGCAGCCUCAUUACCCACAACAAUGGGCAUUGUUGCUGGUUUUCUUGUGCAAAAUACACUCAAGUAUUUACUUGAAUUCGGCACGGUAACGCAUUAUUUAGGCUACAACGCGAUGCAAGAUUUCUUUCCAACAAUGAGUCUCAAACCGAACGCAAGUUGCAGCGAUCGUUUCUGUAGACAACGCCAGCUUGAAUCUGCAAUCAAACCCAAAGUAGAGGAAUGCGAAGAAUGUGUUGAGGAAAAACCUCUGCACGAGGACAAUGAGUGGGGUAUUUGUCUGGUUGAUGAGACUGUACCAGAAGAGACUGAAGCGCUAACGAUUGUUGCUCCCGGAAUCACGCAAGCAUACGACUUGCCAAAUCAAGAACUGGAUCUAGAUGUGGAGUCUGAAAUUGCUCUUGACAUAAGUGAUCAAAGUUUGGAAGAGUUAAUGGCAAAAAUGAAAUCUAUAUGAACGCUUCCCUUUGUUAUAUUCCAUAAAAUAGCAUUUAUAUCUCAUUUCUUAAUUAAACUAUUUUAUAAUUAAAUUUUCUUUUUAAAUCUAUUUUAUUAUACAGUUUAUAAAAAUAAUUAUUUACAUCUCUAUGUACAAAUUUGAGUAA